AUGGCUUCUCCAGCUGGUGGCGCCCCAGCGGGGAUGUCUGUGGAUGCUUUCUUGGGUGUGGGAACCGCUUUGGUGGUUGUCACCGCGGUAUUCGUGGCCAUGCGUUUGAUCGCGAAUAUUCAAACUAAGAGACUGCUUAUCGACGAUGCCGUUCCAGUGGUCGCAACGUUGUUGUUGGCUGGUACUUAUGCGCUCGCAUAUAUAUCGAUGAAAGCACUAUUUGAUCCAACAUCUAGUCUGAAAUAUAUGGCAGAGUUAGCAACUGCGAUUGACUUCAUUUCUGGCUUCGCAAUCUGGUCAUCCAAAGCCCCAAUUCUUCUUCUCUACAUCCGACUUUUCGGUGUCAAAAAUUGGCUCAAAGUAUCCUCGUACAUUACCUUGGCUGUAACAUUCAUCAUUUUCUUCGUUGGAAUGGUGUACACAGGCGUAGCUUGCAGUCCAGGAAACAAAGUGCUUGAUAUUCCCUUCAUCCUAAACUGCACGACUACAAGCACCAAGAUCGGAGUCACUCUAGGGACGACUUCUGUGGUCGCAGAUUUGAUCAUCUUGGUGCUACCGAUCCCGGUCAUUUUGAAGCUCCAGAUGGCGGGGCCGAAGAAGAUUGGUCUUUUCAUAGUCUUCCUGACUGGUGUCUUCGCGAUUGUAGCUAGUGCUGUGUCGCUUUACUACAAAUGGGGUUCAUUCAAAGGAACUUCCAAUGAUCUUACUUCCGCAAUGGUUUGCACUGUUAUCGAAGCAAGCAUUGCAAUCAUCGUCGGAUGUAUUCCAAGUACCUAUUCAUUCUGGUCUCAAUCGAUCGUCAAGCUCACAAUCUACUCGCGCAUCAAGACAGCAUUCUCUUCCAUGUCGGGCAGCAGAAGCAGAACAACCAAAUCAACGAAACGAUCCACAUUUGCCUCAAACCCAGCGGGCGGAAGUGGUGAUCACAUCAACGACUCCUCUUCUUCGCAGUACGUCGUGCUUGGAGAUGCGAACUCAAUGAAAUCUGGAAUGAAAUCUGCAUCAACUGAAGUUCCACUUGAAGAAAUAAAAAGUUACCGUAAUUAA